ACCAUAUUUGCUUGAAAGUUUGAACCCUCCUUCAGCAACUGUAAACAGUACGUUGAAAACGAAAAAGAGGUCAUCUUUUGUUAUUAGCUUUUGGCUUAAAUCAUGAAUCACUCCAGUUCUUCAGGUUCCAUGGAUGCUUUCAUCUCCAUUUCUCCACCUGAAGAGAAGGAUUCAAAGAACGAGGAAGUUUACAGCAGGGAGUUCCAAGCAAUGCUGGAUGGUUUAGAGGAAGAAGACAAAUUAGAAGAAGCUGGUCAAGCUACUGAGAAGAAAAAGCGAUUAUCUAUGGUUCAGGUAAAGGCAUUGGAGAAGAUUUUCGAGGUGGAAAGCAAGGUGGAGCCUGAUAGGAAGGUUAAAUUAGCUGAAGAGUUAGGGCUGCAACCGAGACAAGUAGCUAUCUGGUUCCAAAACAGACGUGCCCGUUGGAAGACUAAGCAGCUGGAGAAAGAUUAUGUUGUUCUUAAAGCAAAUUAUGAUGCUCUUAAGCUUGAUUAUAACAAUCUUCAACAAGAGAAUGAUGCAUUGACUGCAGAGUUGAGAGAUCUGAAAGCAAAAGUCAAAGAAGAUUGUGAUAAAUUCUCAGAGAAGAUCAAAGACCAUGAUUUGUGUGAGAAUGAUGAUGAUUCAACUGGGAUUGUUAAAGAAGAGAUCGAUGUUAAUGCUCAGUUAUUGAUGUCACAUGCUUCUUCUUCUUUUCAAGUAAAUGGAUCUUCUUCAUCUUCAGAUUCAUCAAAUCAUCAUCAUCAAUGGUUUCAACCAUUCGAGCCAAGAAUGAUUGUGGGUAAUAUGCACCAAUCGCAGCUUGUGAAAGUGGAAGAACAAUGCAUGAUUACUGCAGAAGAAUGUUGCAAUUUCUUCUCAGUGGACCAAGCUCCAUCUCUUCAAUGGUAUUUCACUGGGCAGUGAAAGAAUGUCUUUAAAACCCAUCAAAUUCUUGCUUGACAAAUAAAAUAGCCUUGAAAGUUUU